AUGUCCUUAUUGCCGUUAAUCAACCCUCGCCCAUUUUGGUACACGAAAAAUCAUCUUGAGAAUAAUAAUGUCCUAUUGGUAAUUUGGUACAACCAAGAAUUUUCGCAAAGUCGAUUUCCUCCCGGGCAGAAAGGUAAAAUUAAAUUACGACUACGUUACAUUUAAACUUAACUGCGUGUAGUUUUAAUUACGGUUAGCGAUGUACGUAUAAUUUUCCCUUCCACUUCAGUCAGCAAGGCAUGUACCCUUAUUUGCCUUCUUGUCGCACGAGGAAUAGCUCAAAAAGGAUUGUUAUUACGCGAUGUUGAGAAAUCUCCUCCGGAGAUCAUUGGUAUCAUAGCCGAUGCUAUGAUAGAGGGUAACGCUAUCCACGCGUGGAUUAUAAAAAAUGGUUUAGUUUCUCAUCCAUACCUAAGCACGGAGGAGGCAUUAAAAUUUGGAGGCAGCAGUCUAAGCCUGCUUAGAGAAUGGAAGUUCCAAGUAUUUUUCGAAAGAAUUGAACACGGUCUGUUUAGGCAUAUGGGUGAUUUUUUACGCGAAUGGUACUCGGCACCAAGAUCUAGCAAUUUGUUUAUGCUACUUAUCACUUGUGGACGCACAGUGCUAUUCAUAUUUCAAGAAAUUACGUACUUGGUAACUUUUUUCGAUUCUCAUAGUCACGGUACAGCUGCAAAUCCAAAUCGCGGACUAGUUAUUGCACAGACAACUAUGGACAAACUGGAACAUUUAUGCAAUUGGUACACACAGGAUAUAUUGAAUAAAUGUUACAAUACAGAAGCGAAUCAGUACGAGCUAGCUUUUUUAUAUCCACAUGACUCUUCGUAUCCUGGCUGUAAUUCUCUAUGCAACUGCAGUAAUCGUUGCAAACAUCGUCAUGAUAAUAAACAGAAAGGAUGA